GCUGCGCGAAAUAUCACGUGACAGUUCGCUAUACUUGGAUUUUAUGUUGUUACUGGUAGUAGUACACGCGAGAAAGGAGUUUAUUAGCGUGAAGGUGCUCACCAUGUAGGUGAGGAGCAGAGGGAGAUUACCAUUAUCCAAUUGGAUUAACAAGUGAAAAAAUAUAUAUACCCGAGUUCAAUAUUAAGAUGUGCUCUUAUUUUAACCUUUAAUGGUAUAUUUUUUCUUGGAGUUAUGUAUUUCUUUAAACCACUAUUAAAAGGAGUUAGCUUAUGCCUCUAAGAUGUGAAAGAACAAUAUCAAACCAGAUUUUUCUAAUCGGGAUUACAUUAUGACCCCACAGUGUUUUAAAGCUGGAAACGGCUAAGUGGGCUAUGCGUUUUCACUGUCGGUGUUUGUUGUAAAUGACAGCUUUCCCUUGGCUUGAUUGUGGUUUCUGACAUAGUGGAAUAUGGGAAACAAGUGUGGUCAUAAAGAGGCCGACCCGGAUUCGGCAUGGAAACAGCAGAACAAGGAAAUUGCAACAAACCCAAUGUACAAGUUUGUCGAUUUCGCCGGUGGAGGGAAGUUGAUUGAGGCGUAUAAAACGGGGGGUGAGGCAGCAGUUAGAAAGAUUGCAAAAACUGAGAUUCUGCCGUACUUGUACAAUGAUGGAAAUGGUGCUAUGAUAUCCAAGUUGGAUUACAUAAAAUGGCAAUGCAGAAUGCAAGCAAAGUUUACGGGUUCGACUGUGUGGGAAACACGAACAGAUGAACAAUUAUUAAGUGACUUCAAGGAGGAUUAUUUCAACAAAGUGCUCCCUCAUGAAGUAUGCUGGGAUAUCAACAAAAGGGGUGGGGUGGGGGAAAGUCCGUUCCAUCUACUGUAUCUACUGGACUCGCCUACACAUUAUGCUGUGGGGGAAAUUCUGUUAGAACUGUACCCAAAACUCAGCCUUGACGUUUACGAAGGAGAGGAAUAUUUUGGGGAAAGUGCUCUUCAUAUAGCAAUAGUGUUUGGUAGUCUUGAUGCUGUAAAACUUCUCAUCGCCAAAGGUGCUCUAGUGGACCAGCGGUGUACGGGGCGGUUCUUCCUGCCUGAGGACCAGAAGAAGGGCUAUACUAAAACCACAGACUAUAGAGGCUAUGCCUAUUACGGAGAAUACCCCAUACAUUUUGCGGCAGCCACAGGUAACCAGGAAAUAUACGACUACCUCAUAGACCACGGAGCUGAUCCUAAUGCCCAGGAUACAUUCGGGAACACGGCUGUUCAUAUGGUGGUCAUUUGCAAUCAAGUGGAGAUGUAUAAAUACAUAGUGAGACACCACAAGCGUCCUGCCAAAACGGACAUCAAAAACAAAGUGAACUUGACCCCACUGACCCUGGCUAGCAAGCUGGGCAGACACACAAUCUUCAAGGAGAUGCUGGAGCUAGGCAGUCUGGAACUGUGGCGUUACAGUAACAUAACUUGUUCCUUGUAUCCACUGCUGGCUCUGGACUCAAUAGGACCCAAUGGAGACACAAAUUGGAAUUCAGCCUUAAUGAUCAUCAUUAAUGGAGAGAAUGAUGACCAUUUAGAGAUGUUAGAAGGCGGAGUCAUGAGACAGCUUCUAGAUGAGAAGUGGAAGGCCUUUGCCAGGAAGCGGUUUUUUGUUCGAUUAAUUCUGGCGUUUUUGCAGUUGAUUUUAAUUAGUGUAGCUGUGUAUUUGCGACCCAAAUCAAACCUUCUUGCCGUCAAUGAUUAUAAAGACAUAAUUCGAAUUGUGUGUGAGAUUUUGACAUGUAUAGGAUGCUCCAUAACGUUAGUGGCAGAUAUUUUUGAAAUCAGCACUCAGGGAAUAUUUAGUUUCUUAAAAAAUUGUAAGAAUGCGCCAGCACAGACGCUGUUUAUGAUAUCGUGUGUUCUGUUCAUUGCCUGUAUACCGUUCCGGUUCCUGGAGUUGAAGCAGGUGGAGGACGUUCUGAUGAUAUUAGCAGUGCCCUGUGCCUGGUUAUUUCUUCUCUUCUUUGCCAGGACCUUUACACUAACAGGGCCUUUUGUCACCAUGAUCUACAAAAUGUUGCUUGGUGACCUCCUAAGAUUUGGCAUUAUAUAUGUAAUUUUCCUCAUAGGAUUCACACAAGCCUUUUACUUCCUGUUCCAAGGAAACACCAGCACUCAAAGUCAGGGAUUUGACGACAUCGGCGACACAGUGUUGACCCUCUUCCAAAUGACCUUGGGUGAAUUUAAGUACCAGGAUUUCAAUUACACUAAAUAUUCCGGGUUGACAAAGAUUGUGUUCGCCAUCUUUAUGAUGCUGGUCCCCAUCUUACUGCUGAACAUGUUGAUUGCCAUGAUGGGAAAUACGUACCAAAUGGUCAUUGCCAAAUCAGAGAAGGAAUGGAGAAAGCAGUGGGCCAAAAUAGUCGUGGUCUUGGAGAGAGGUUUCUCAAGAAGUCAGUUGCUGGAUCUCCAGAAGAUGUACGCCAUUAAAAUGAUGGGGCCCCCGAAGGAGAACCUGGCUGACAUUGAGGAAGAGGUGGAGGAACAGCGAGGCCUGAUGGUCAUUAAAACGUCCAGCAAGACGAAGGCCAAGCAACGGAAGGGUGCCAUUUCCAACUGGAAGUUAUUUGGAAAAGAAAUCAUCAAACAGUUAAAGAAACACAAAAACAAAGGAAAGAAAGAACCGUUCAAGCUGGGUAAGAUUAAACGCAAGAGGAAACUGUCCUUCAAUGAGUCGGAUUACUCCAGCGACGAAGAUGAUAAGGCGAAGAUGUUCUCAAUGACGCUGGCACAGUUGGCAUGGGAACGCGACAUUGACCUUACGAAGGGUAAAACUUUUGUGUCAGACCCCAGUAUGAUUGAGAAACUGUCCCCUUUUAUUGGAAAGGAGGAGCCAGGCAAGACUGUAAUUGAGAAUCAUCAUCAUAGCCCGGCUGUUAUUAGCCGUGACUCGCCCGCGCCCAACCACAAUAUCCCUAAUGGGGUCAAACACAGAGCACCGGGUGAGAGAACAGUGAAAAAGCCAGCUGGAACUCCUAAAUCCAGCCCCAAAUCUGCUACCACCAAACAAUUCAGUUACAACAGAGUGUCUCCUCUAGCAUUAACUAAACAGGCUUCCCCGACGGACGAGUCCGGUAGUGACUUGGAGGUAUCCAAACCCAGUGGUAGUGAUAGUGUGUUGAAAGGGAUGUCAGUGACCGAUAUAUCACUACAUGGAACAGACUCCUCGAAGAGCAGUCAUCGUAGGAUGUUUCUGGAGGAAUCUAAACCCUCGAAGGAAGUCAAAAAAUUACACUGGGAAGAAGUGCCAAAUGUUGCCAGUAAACCAGAUUAUGCAAGUUCUAAAACAAGCAGUGUUAAGUCGGAGAGUGGAAGGUCAGAGACUACGAAGUCCAAGUCCGACUCCGAGUACGUACCUAGUGUUUAUUCGAAAUCGGAGGACGGCUACACAAGUCAAGGAAGUGUGGAGUCCUCAUCAAGAGCUUCAAAGGUAUCUCGAGGAGCAGAAUCUGCAUCCUCCAGAACCUCAAGACAUUCCUCAAGAUCCACGACAACUGUGGACGAGUCAACCGUGUCAAAGUCCCCGAAAGUAGGAGCAGACUGUUCUCUACAAGAGAUUGACUCUGAAACCGAGGACACAUCAAGAAUAUCAAAAGUCAGUACUUCCCAGCGAGAAACCGAACAUGAAACUAGUGAAUCGUCAGCCAAGCCACCCAAACCGUCAAGGACUCCUGUAGAGGAAAACCAGCCAAAGAAACAUAAACACAAGCGAAAAAAGAGCAAAAAAAGUCGACACGGUAGUCGAACUUCUUCUUCAGCUUCACUGCUGCAUUCGUCAGAGCAGGAGGACCAUGAAAGUCAAGUCUGAAGAAAUGAUCAAAAAGUGUCAACGUGAGGCAUAAUUUACAGCAUGAACAUGUACAAAAAUUCUCUCUGUUUUACUGUGAACAGAACUGGAGAAUUUAGCAAAAUAGUCAUGCAUGAAAGAGUAAGAUUGGUAAGAAAUAUGACAGAUAUACUGAGUAAGAUUGGUAAGAAAUAUGACAGAUAUACUGUACUGACUGUGUCUGUACCUUUUGUUGUUGUUGUUAAAUUCUAUUUUCUGCAAUAGCUCUACUAAUGUUCGAGACUGUAUAUCGUUGUUCAUUGUGCAGUAAGAAAAAAUGUGUAUUGGUGCAUACAUAUUUAAAACCAAGAAUCAUUGCAUUGAAUGGUUAGUUUUGCCUGUUACUACUAUGAUUAAUUAUGAUUAAUAUACUCCAAACAGCAGUUAUUGCAGUACUCAUAAUUCACAACUACCCUCUGAUGGAAAAUGGUGUCCAAAUUAUGUUAUAUCUGAUUCAAUUGAUAUUGUUUCUUUCAAACAUUAAUGAUGCUUCAUAUUAGCAAAAUUUUCACUGUGGACAAGUUUCCACUGAUUGUGGUUUAACUGUACCUAGCAAUGAUUACAACACAGUACUAUCUGCUGCAUGACUGUAGGUUAGCAAUGAUUACAACACAGUACUAUCUGCUGCAUGACUGUAGGUUAUUGGGUGGAAUUAAGAACUGUGGUCUUGUAGUUAUUAUUUCAGUAGCUUUUGGCUGGACCAGAGAGAGAAGGGGGGGGGGGGGGGCUCUUGAGAAUGAACAUCCAAUUGCAGGCAAAUCUUUCAGUUUGCUUCCGAAGAGAUUGUAAUGUGUAAAAUUCUAUGCAUCAUCAGUUUUCACUUGUUGUGGUUUUGAGUUGAUGGAUUUUUAACAUAUGAUGUGUUUGUUACGAUUCCAUCAUUUUGGUUUGCUCCAUCAUUUUUUUUUUUUAUUUAUUAUUUUUCUUUUUACAUUUUCAUGUGUGUUUUUAAAUACAAGACUGGAAUUUUGUGUACGAUUUUGCCAUGAGUUUUGAAUAGGGUAUACACAAAGGGUACAAUUUUUGUGCACUGCAGAAGUGCUUUUAUUUUUUUACAGUACAAAGAAAAAUCAAGAAUCAUUACUUUUUUUAAAUAAUCAACCUUUUUUAAAAAUAAUCAACCUUUUUUUAAAUAAUCAGCAUUUUUUUUUUAAUAAUCAACCUUCAACACUGAAUCGUAUUUGUGUCAUUACAUGUUUUGCUUUUUUUUUGUUGUUGUAAUUUUUGAGUUGUAAAUUUUUGCUGUCCAGGUUGGUUUCUGUAGAGAUUUAUUUUAUAUUUGGGUUUCAUAUAGUGGGAGAAAUGAAAUUAACCGAGCCAAAAAAAUGUAGAUACUAAUGACAAAGUGACUCACUGAGAAAUUCUUUUUUUUUCUAUUAAGUGAACAGAAGAAAAAUGAUAAAGUAGUGCUUGCAGGCUCCAGGACCCUGUUUUACAGAAGAACUUACGACUAAGGCUAAAAAUGUUACAUAGUUCUAAAAACUUGUCAACUGUAUUAAUUUUGUGAGAUUAUAUAUAUAGUCAUAUAAAAUUACAUAUCUAAAUUCUUCUUAUUUACAUUAAAAUCACCAUUUAAUCAAUUAAAGAAUGAAAUAAAUUGCAAAAGAAGAUUUUGAUCUUAGUCGUAAGUGCUUUUGUAAAACGGGGCCCAUGACCAUAAAGUGGAUAUUGACUGAGUCAAAUUUUCCAUUGAUAAAUUAUAAUUCAUGAAUAUUAAUAAUGCAAUACAAUUCAAUUUUAAAUGUAAAUCAAAUGUGAGUAAAGUGUCUCUGUUAAAUCAACAAACCAAGGAUACAAUUUCAGACUUGAAUUUAUUCUCAGUUUAUGAACACAAAAGUCUGGUUCGUGAAUAGUUUAACAAGCUUAUUUGAAUAUAUUUGUCCGAUGUGCUUUAAUUAAACACUCCACAUUGAUGACUAAAUGUUUUAAUUAUGUAGAAUUAAAGAAAUCUAAAACAAUUUUCAGUGGUCACUGCUAUAUAUCUGAAUUCUAGUUUUUAAACUAAUUAUCAAUUUUUAUUUUCUAUUCAUUUCUCCUUUAGUUGACAUUUUACAAGUUUGUGUCAAAUACUUGUCAGUUAUGUGUAUACCAGAUGGGUGUAUUUGUUUUUAUCUAAACUGUUAAAUGAUGUUUUGAUUGAUAAUCCAUGACAUUAAUUGUUUAAAUGUUGAUAUUAUUUGACUAAUGCUUGUAUUUUAUAACGUAUGUUAGCUCUAGUGCCAAACUUUGACGUCCCGUGGUGGUAUAUGUUUAUGUAUGUGUAUAUCUAUAGGAAUUCAAGUUCUAAUUUUAUUGAAAGAUACAUGCACUUUACACCUUUCUUUUAUUAUCAUCAAAAUGUUUUAAGUUAUGAAAAACUCUCGGUACAGGGUUAGAGAAUGAGAUCAAAACUGUACUAGUGCAGCGAUACUCACAUAUUUAACUUUCCGUCCAGUAGAAAUAAUAUGUGCAAUACUAAUACAGAUUGGUAUGUGUCAUCUGUUGAAAGAAAUAUGCAGAUAUGUAAUAUAUAUACCAGUAAAAGUAAUAUGGACUUGUAUAUUUAUUUUGAUAAUGAAGAUUUCAUUCUUUGUUGUUUUAUUACUUACUGUGAUGAAAGAAGCAUUCCUUUCGAAUUUUUUAAUCCUAAUGUAUAGUGCUAUUGUGAUUUGAAUUAUCCCCCCUUUAUUUGAUGUUCGUGUGUGCUUGCCGGCUAAUAUUGUGAUGAUUCAACCCUUUGAAUUAUCUAAAGACAGAUAUUUGUUAUGAGUGUGUCAUUUAAACAAUGGAAUAGAAUAGUGUUCUGAAUUAUUGGUCAGACUUCUAAAUGGUCUUUCAGUAGGUUAAUGUUGACAGGAGAUUGGGCGGAGACAGUGGACGGAGACUGGACAUUCUGACAUAUUUGUUUUAAAAAGGACAAUAUGUGAUGACAGCUUUUCUGGGGCCCCAUACAUUUCAAAAUUUCAAAGCUUUAAAGGGAGACUGAAUUUUGUUUUAUUUCAUAAAAGAGAUAAUGUACAAUGCAGUUUCACGCAGUCUUGGAUAUUUACUGUCGCAAUCUCAGAUAUUUACUGUCAUUUGGUGUACAUCACAUCAAGAGAGAUCAAUUUCUUAAUAUCAUUCAAAUUUAGAUAAAAUGCUAUUCUAUGUGGGUGGGUUUUUUUUUUCAAGAAACAUUAAGUUCAGCUUCAAACAAGCAAAAGUUUACUCACAAAAGAGUACUGAAAAGAUUAAAAAAAAAAAAGUGAUAUAAAUAUGAAGUUUUUUCAAGCCUGGGCUAAAUGCUGCUUCACAUGAGAACUGGAAAUAGCAAAUUUAAGUUAUAGAAAUCCACACACACACACAAACUUACCAAGAGAUUUUUAUGAAAUUGAUAACUUUGUGUAUAUCUACGAUUGAUUAACAUUGUGAAGUAACCCUGUGAUAUCGUUCAGUUUUCCUUUUGUGUGUGUGUGUGCGUGCACUGACCUGAAGAGCGGCCCGCUUACUGUCCACUUUAUUCUGAUUGGUUGCUUUUUGAAAAUAGAGAUACAAAUUAUAGUAUAUGAUGUGACAGUAUGUUUUUUUUAUAUUUUCUGAAAUACAACAUUUUUUGGGAAACAUUGCCCUGAUAACUCUCAGAGAACUUAGUGCUGUUUGAUUUUGUUUGACCUUUGCCUGACCAUAGAUUCUGUUUUCACAAGAGGAGUAAAUCAAAGUGGUUGAGUAUGAAAUUGUUUUGAGAGAGGAGAGAAAUGAUGAAAAAGAAAAAAAAACAAGAAGCAAACAAAAAAAAAGAACAAUUCUGAUUAGCAGCCGUGUUAUGAGGUACAUUGUUAUGAAUAUUUACAUAGUCCCAUUGAGAAGCCAAAGAAUGUCGCUCCCUGUAGUCCCGAGUCAUGUGAUACUUAAUAGUGCUGUAUAUGCUACACAGAACUGUAUAUAAUUGUUAUUGUUUAAUGUGUCUAGGAUCUUCCAUUGUAAAUCACUGUACCAGAGGCUUCGCUGAAUAUUGGAGAGGAAUUUUGUUAGGAAAUAUAGAAUUUUGUUAGGAAAUAUAUCUGUUCUGAUGUAAAUAAAAAUUUCAUUUUAUAAAUAAAAUUUCAACAAAACCA